CCACAACCAGUUUAGUAAGUUUAGUAAAGCUCUGAGCUUAGGAGAAGGAAUAAAACGCCUUGGUUGUGACAGACGGGACCUUGUCCCUGCAGGACGGUUUCUCUCCCCAAAGAAAACAAAACAGGUAUCUCAAAAAACCUGAACGUGAUCUUGCCUUUCCCCUGCAACUAAAACGGGCAGCAGCGGGGAAAAAACAUCGGUGCCUUUAAUGGGGGUUGCGUAGCAGAUUUUAGCCCAGCAGUCGGUUGGCGAGGGGAACCCACCCGGGCUGGGAGCGACUGGCGAGAUUUCCGUCGUAGAGGGAGACACAACGAGGAAGAGGAGGCGGUUUCCCGCGCAGGCUGACUACAUCUCCCAGCUUCCUCGGGCAGCGACGCGUUGGGCGAGGUUGCCACCCGAUCCCCGGGGCAGGAGGAGGCCGGCUGGCAGCCGUGCAGGCAGGCAGGUCAUAAAGAUAGUUUUCUUACUUUUAGAGAAGACCAUCACCUUUGAUUUUGAGUAGUUAAUCUGAAGUCCCUCAGAUUUACAGUAUUUCAAGAAACGGUUCAGUAGUUUCUCGGACUCAUCUGGAUACGUGGCACAAGAAUGGCAUCAUCCACAUAAAGUUAAUAUCAUCGACCCAGAGUUCUGCAUUGCCCAAAUCCAUGUGCCGGAGGCCUCUCCACGUGGAUGGAGGGAGGCUGUCCAAUUGGCAAGAUGGGCUUCUACAUCAGUUCCCUCUCCAGAGCUCCCUAUGGCAACAGAGUCCAACUGGACACACGCCCACCAGUCAAGCGUUACCAGGCAGUGCCCAGCUACAACUACCGGUGGACAGAGCUGCACUACGAGGCCAGCCGUGGCAACACGGAGAAGUUGAGGCAACUCCUGGAAACCACAGGCAGGGAACUGGUGGACCGGAAGGAUUAUUAUGGCAAGACGCCGCUCUACUGGGCCGCCUACAAAGGGCAGAGGCGUUCGGUGGAACUGCUGCUGGAACACGGGGCCAAUGUCAACACUUGCUGUAAACACGGAGGGACCCCCCUCCACGCGGCCAUUGGCCUCUUCCCAGACUGCACCCUGCUGCUGAUCCAGCACGGUGCAGAUGUGAACCUGCAGGAUAACUGGGGAGUGACCCCCAUGUACUUGGCUGCGUGCAGCGGACAGACAGAAUGCAUCCGGUUGCUGAUACAAGCAGGUGCCUACAUCUCCUACAGGAACAAGAGAACGGGAGCACCUCCCAAACGCCUUGUCUCCCAGCCCGCCCUGAUCUCCUGGAUGGAGUCUUGCCGGCGGCAGCCGAAUUCCCUCAAGCACCUCAGCCGCCUCUCUAUCCGGAUGGCGCUCGGCCACAGGAGGCUGCACGCCGUCAGGGACUUUGACCUUCCUCCAGCGCUGAAGCAGUACCUGAUGUUUGAGGACCUGACUUUGUCAGACAAGCUGUACGCUGGAGACUUGGAGAGCUGCCACUCCUAGCUUGCCCUGGUUCCUGUGCUGCUGGGAUGGUUCUCUGGACUUGGAAGGCUAAGCUGCUUGGCAUAAAUUUUUUGUCUCCCCUGCCUAGAAGCCAAGCUUCAUCUUUCAACUUGGGUCUCAGUGCUCUGCCACGUGGGAGGGAGAACCCAGCUCUUCAAGCAGGAGAGGCUGGCUGUGUAUAUGCGUCAUAUUCUUCCUCGUCACUUUUGCCUGUCUCUUGGGCACCGGACUCAAGAAAAACUUUGCCUGCCUGGCCAAGAAUCUGAUCAGCCAAAGUCUGCUGGAAUUUCCACAAACCUGGCAGGCAGGUGAUAUCCAGCAUCACCUACCCCAGGGGUGCCCAGCAUGGUGCUGUGCCCACUGAGAACUUUUCUGGCACCUGCCAAGUGUUUUUAGGAAGUGGGUGGGGCUGGGGAGGGCUUUUGCCCAGCAAGGCUUCUGACUAACUAUUGGAGAUUCGAUUGGCUGCGCAAAUUUUUUUUAAUGCUUCUUUGGCAGUAGCUGCCACCAUAGGACAAGGAUCUUCUACUCCGUGUUAAACUGUGGCAAUCAUUUGUGGCUGGCUCCACCUCCUGUGGCAGCCAUUUUGCGGAAGCCAUUUUGUUGCCGCGCCCAACAUGCCUUGUCAGAAUUCCAAAUGUGCCUGCAGGCUCAAAAAGGCUGGGUACCCCUGACAUGCCCUGUGUUAUACUGUGUCUGAGUAUGGAGGUUCUGUUUAGUGAUUGUCUUGUAGGGAAAUGUGCACACGGCUCAUCCCUACAGGAAUUUGUCCUUAAGCUUCUCUAGAAUUACACAAGGCUGGAAUAUCCUGCCAGUGGACUCUGUCAGACUGCAAGGAUGUCCCACCUCUGCCCCCCCCCAUCCCAUUGCAGUUAUUCUUUGUGAAGAGGCUAGAUUCAGGUGACCAGAUGGUCACCUUCGUAAACCGGGACGGGGGGGCGGUAGGCGGCCCCGCGCGCACAGCCACCGGAGCGCACUGCCUUCUGGGGCUUGCCGUUUCAGGGCAGGAAACGGCAAGCCCCAGAAGGCCGUGCUCCUGUGGCCGCACGCGCGGGAGGCUGCCACACUGCCUUGCACCUCAGAAGGCAGUGCGGCAGCCUCCCAAAAAUCGGGACAAUUUGAAGGACCUGCGGGACGUGGGACAAAUUGUUUAAAGGCGGGACUGUCCCGCCAAAAGCGGGACGUCUGGUCAGCCUAGGCUAGAUGCUUUCUUGUAAUGGCGGACCAGUAAUCAGAGACCAGUCCCCUACUUUGUCGGAAGUUCUUAAAAUAUAAGAAAAAAUGUAAAUAACAAGGGGAGAAUUAGUAUUGGCAGAGACAUAUGCUGCUCAUUUUCAAUUUAAAGAAAAUAGGGAAGAUUGGAGGAGGGAAAGGUCUCAGUGGCAGAGCAUCUGUUUCCAUGCGCACGGUCCCAGGUUCAAACCCGGGCAACUCCUGUUAAAAAGAUCAAGAAGAUAAAAGUAAUUGAAACGCCCAUUAAAGGACCAUGACUCGGAGCAUCGGGCUUGCAAUGUUUGUAUGCUAAUGUCCAAAGUAUGAGGAACUUGAAUUUCUUGUAGGUGAUUAUCAUGAAAGCAAGCCUGGGAGAGCCAAUGCUUGUUUCAGUAAAGACCAGGGUCGUUUCUCCAAUAACUCCAACCAGCUGAGGUCUCAACAAUUUUUUUUAUUGAAAAACCGAAAUCAAAG